AUGGAGGUGGAGUUCAGAAAACACCUCCCUCCCUACCGCUCCCUCGUGGACCCAAAGUCCCAGUAUGACUACAGAACCCACUCGUUUGUCCAGUUCAGCCAGCUGGACUUGUCCAAGGUGUUGCUGGGCUACCAGCUUCCCAAGUUGCCUCGGUCCAACUUCAAAAUGAAGUACAAGCUGUUGCUCUCUGACGUGUCCAUACGGGCGUCCUUGCUUACUCGGAAGGUCCCGAGCGUCAAGCAGACAAACACACCGAAAAAGAGGGCCCCUUCCACAUCCUUCAAUGACCUCCCAGAAGAGAUCCAGAUCCACGUCUUCUCCUUGGUCAAUGACACCCCGUCCUACCAGAACUGCCUCUACACGUGCAAGACCUUCUACCGCUUGGCCAAGCCGUUCAUGUUCCGCUACGUGUCCUUCUCCUCGACCUUCCGCUUUGCCCAGUUCAUCACCUACCUACGGCUCAACCCAGCCUUGGGCUGCCACGUUUUGGAGGUCGACUUGUCCCAGCUCAAGCCGGGCAACUGGGAAUUGGAGGCCCAGAGCGACACAGAACAGGACGAAAACGACACAGACCAGUUCCACGACAUCUUGGCCAUCUGGGCAGGCUGGCGGGACUGGAAGUUCGCCAACAACCCAUUGUACACCUUACAUCCGUUGCCUGCGACGCCGCUAACGAAGGCGUUGCUGCACGCUCCACACGGGCCGCCUUCGGCCAAAAAACGCAAGUUUCUGAGGUACUUCAUGAAGAGAAGACGGUCUCAUGCCAAAACAGAGGCUCCUGAGGAGCAGAGACCACUGCCAGGCGCACGCCGUCACAGCCAACGGCUCCUCCAGCACCUGAGCCACCCGAAAAUCAACAAGUUCUUGAUGAACUACUCGUCGCUGAAGGACGUGCCCAUCGGCUACAUCAUCCACUUGAUCAACAUGUGCCCCAACUUGCGGUCGCUCAACUUGGGCAGCUUGUCGCUUUCCACAGACUACAUGAUCUCCCCGAAAAUGUCCCAGAAGUACCAGGCCUUCGACAUCAUGAACAACUACUCCAAGGAAACCGUCGACACCAUCGACAACUUGUACCCUAUGGCGGACGACGAGUUGUUCUUCAAAAGCGAAAUCACCCGCCGCAUCCCCGACCUCACUUCCCUGGCCUCGUCGGUGUUCUCCAUGUCCACUCUUUCGAAGCCCAACCGCAAAUACAACAGCUUGCUCCCACCUCUACCCAAGCUGGUUCGUGAUAUUCUGUACCUCCAGAAAGGCGACGGGCUCGUCUUUUUGAGCGACUUGAACUUGAAGUCCAUCAACAGCGCUCAUUUGGAGACCAUCAACGAGUCCGAGAUUUUCAAGUCCUUGUGCAAGCGGUCCAAGCUCGAGUACAUCAACUUGCUGAGCAUGAUCUGGAUCAACUUGCGCUUGGUCAAGCAGUUCAUCAGCGGCAUGCUUGCCGAGGACCUCCAACGCAAGAAGUUUGACGGCAAAGAGUGCACCGUCUUCAAGGAUAACUACUUCUCGUCCCUCGAGCUUCUAGAUGAAGAGGACGAGGACGAAGACACGGGCACGCCGAAAAAUUUGUUGCUUGACUUGAGCAACUCGGGCAUGAACAAAAAUCUCCGUUGGGCUCAGCCCAUUGAUCUUGAGACCAGAAGAGGCAGAAAGCUAGUGCACAAGAUCUUGAACGACGAAUUGCUCCCACCAUUCGAAGAGUUCAUGCUUCGCGAGCGGGACAGAAUGGGCCGUCCGGGCGAAAACUACUUUUCCUAA